AUGUCCGACCAACACAGUUAUCCUCAUCACUCCACACGCGCUGGCUGCAUCAAACACAGUAUGUGUCAGCAAGGCGUGCCAAUGACAUUGGCAGGAGUCAGACGUCCCAGGACCAAUCGUAGGAAGGGAAUACCAUGGCGUCGGUUCUUUCGCUUACUAGCAACCUAUCUCAACCUUAUGGUGAUAGUGGGCAUAUGGAUAUCGGCUCGAUAUCCAACGGGAAGUUUGGCGGUAUCUUCGAGCGAGUGGGCUCCCAAUUUUCUACACGAUGCAUGGGGCAGUGCGUGUUUUGCGUGUCGAGGAAAUAUGAAAACCUACCUCAAAAUCGCUGCACCGGAGUCAUUUUGCCUCGAGGCCUUGCAUGGAAUUUUGAUGGUAGUCUUUGUUGUCCUAGGAUGA